AUGAGCGGCCUCAUCAGCAUCCAGUCACCGUCACAAUGGCAGGACGUUCUGAACAGCACGAACGUUGUCGUCGCAGACUUCUACGCCGACUGGUGUGGCCCCUGCAAGGCCAUCGCGCCGCACUUUGAGAAGAUGGCCAACGAGUACUCCAAGCCGAAGAAGGCCGCCUUCUGCAAGAUCAACGUCGACACGCAGUCGACCAUUUCGCGCGCCCACGGCGUCAGCGCCAUGCCGACCUUCGUCAUCUUCCACGCCGGCAAGCCCAUCGAGACGAUCCGCGGCGCCAACCCGCCGGCCCUCGCCAACGCCGUCGCCAACGCCAUGAAGCUGCCCGACAAGACCAAGACCGGCGGCGCCUCCUUUCGGCACCCCCGGCCGCACCCUCGGCGGCCAGGGCGUCGGCGCGGCGGCCGGCAGCGGCGGCCUGCCGCCGUCGCGGCCCUACAACUCGGGCUUCGAUAUCGUCUCGAUCCUGCGCCACCUCUUCACCAUCGCGGCCCUCUACGUCGUCACGCUCGUUGCACUAGAGACGCCGCCCGUGGUGCCGGUCCCGCCGGAAAGACGAGGGCGCCGCCAGCGCGGCCCCUCGGCCUUCAGGACGCUGGCUGA